AUGGGUCAGAUCAAGCGUCGACGGAAUUCUGGAGAGGAUGUACUAUUAAAGAAGCUAGUAGAGGAACAUGGAGCAAAGAACGGGUACCCUUGGUUGAGCCUUUAUCCAUAUAUUGCCAAAUUCAGAGAAAUUUUCCCUUUUUCAUCAGUUUCACCAGUAUUUCCUGGUACAUCAAAAACAUUGAGUCUCUCUUUACCUGGAUUCCAAUCUAGCAAGAAUUUGAAUCCAAUAAAUCGAAUCGAGCAAGAAGAUGAAGUGACACUUGUAUUAGCAUAUGAACCCAAUCCAUCAAAUUUUAUGCCCCAAACAUCAAUAACUCAGAGUGAUAAUUCUGUUCUUACAAGUAUGGAGAAACAGUUAUUGAGCCCAAAUAUUUUGACAGUGUUACAAGAUAUGAUACGAAAAGAAGUUAAAAAUUAUGUUUUUGAGUUAGAGAAUGAAUGGGAUUCAAGGAACACAGAAGCAACAAUGGAUGCUAUAGUAAACAUUGUUAGCAAAGAUUGA